AACGGAAAAGAAAACUUUCAGUCUGACGCCGUGAGUCAGUGUGGAACAAUAGUUCGUAAAUAAUUGUGAGUGUAGUGUAUUUGCGUACACACUGGAGAACGUGGAUAAAGACAAAUUUUUUUUUAUAUUUUUCCAAGAAUUAUUUAUUAGGAGUUAUAAGUGAUUGUUGGUGUUUAUUAUUAUAUGCAAAUUUGAUCGAAUAUCAAUUGUUUUUCAAUUAUUUUAUCGGAGUAUUAUUCCAUUUUUUAUAAUUUGACAUUUUAUUUAUCAAGUUAAGUGACAAUAAAGUUAUAAGUUUAGUUUAACAUUAAAUACCGAUUAAUAUCCCAAUGUUAUUCAAUACGUAUUCGAUCAGUUCUUUCGAUUUAUUGUACGAAAUAUUGAGUGAAAAAAGUGUAACGAUAUGCAGAAAAAAUUUGACCGGCGGUUUAUAGCCAUGGAGCGUUGAUUUUCAAGGAGAAAUCUUUUUAUCCUCUUUCUUCCUACCUCUUCUGUGCUCUGUCUUUGACAACUCUUCUCAUCUGGAUAAUAAAGGAUGGCUGCUGAAGCAGCAAAUAAAAAGGCUGAAAGAGAAGCCUUACGAGGUGUUAUUCAACAAUGGAACGCCAAUCGAUUAGAUCUUUUCGAACUUUCAGAACCAAACGAGGAUUUGGAGUUCCAUGGAGUAAUGAGGUUUUAUUUCCAAGACAGUGGACAAAAAGUCGCUACAAAAUGCAUCCGAGUAGCAUCUGAUGCAACCAGUCAAGCUGUAAUCGAAACCCUUAUCGAAAAAUUCCGACCAGAUAUGCGUAUGCUUUCAGUUCCUGAGUAUGCACUUUAUGAAAUCCACGAGAAUGGAGAAGAAAGAAAAUUAGGCCUUGAAGAAAAACCACUACUUGUUCAGCUAAAUUGGCAUAUUGAUGAUCGUGAAGGACGUUUUUUACUGAGACGAAUAGAUGACAAAACAAAUGCUCAAGGAGUAGGCUUUGGUGAAGGUACAAGUUUUCGUAGGAAAUUAAGCAAACGAGAGAAAAAGCAGAUCAAGAAACAAGAGAAGCUCAGUCGCCUUAAAAGCCUUGAGCAGGACGAAAAUACUGCUCCUGUUGAUCAAAAUGGUGUUGCAGAAAAACUUUAUACAGAGCUACCAGAGACAAGUUUUACUCGGAGUAUUUCAAAUCCAGAAGCUGUGAUGCGACGUCGUCGUCAGCAAAAAUUAGAGAAGAAACUUCAGCAAUUUCGGAGUAAAGACGGUGGUCCGGACACUGGAGGGACCCUUAAGAUUUAUGGUGAAGCUCUUUGCAAAGAUGUACCCUACAAAACGCUUUUAUUAAGCGUGAGGGACUCAGCAGCUCAGGUAGUCAGAGAAAUGCUCUCCAAGUAUGGUCUUGACAAGGUGGAUCCCCAACUGUAUUGUUUGGUACAGGUAAAUGGAGAAGUCACUAAUGGAAAUAAUCAUCAAGAAUACAUACUUGAUGACGACGAGUGUCCUUUAGCUAUUCUUAUGAAUCACCCGUCAAAUCGUGGUUCAAUAAUGUUCCACGUGAGGAGACGUCCAGCUGACUAUGUACCAAGAAAAAGAAAAAAGAAACCCACAGGCAAAUGGAAUGAAUUGGAACACCGAUACGAAGAUGAGAGGCUACCAUUUUUAUUGGAACUUAAUCCUGACGGAACAGACAUCCCAAAUGGAGCAGGAGUAAGGCAUCGUCUUCAGCCAAAUGUCACAGAAGUUGGUUCGGAAAGACCUAUAGGAACACAAGCUGUCCAGGCACAGACUUUAACACUUUCUGGUCCAACUGUGAUGCCUCGUCACUGUGUGAUUGCUUUUACUGAGAAUAUUGUUACACUUACUCCUUGCUCAAGAGACGCUCAUACUUAUGUAAACAAUCAGCGAAUCCAUCAAACUACAAUAUUACAGAAUGGGGCCAUAAUUAAGUUUGGACGAAUGCACACCUUCCGAUUCAUUGAUCCAGCACCAGAAGAUCGUAUUAGACAACGUCAUGACUCUCAUAGACCAAUAGAAUACUCAUAUGACAGACGUUCACCAGAUACAAAUAGUCAAGAUGUCAGUUCGGAAAAGUUUCGAUCAAGCUCAGGUACACCAAAUGAUGGACCAGAUUCAAGUCCAUCAAGUCCAUCUAAAUCUCAAGCAGCAGCUGCAAGUCCUAGAAGUACUACACAUAGUGCACCAACUUCUGAAGGCACUCACAAUUAUGAAACUACCUUUGAUUUAGAUGGAAACGUAGAGACGGCAAGUCUAACCAGUAGUAAAGAUGGAAAUAGAUUUUCUCAACAAUAUGAUCGUCAACCUCGAGGAACAGAUCCAAUAUUACCAGCAGUUUUAGAGUUUUUAGAAGAAACAGAGGAAACGUUUUUUCACGCGGUUAUAUCUGACGUCGACCCAUCAGCUCCACAAUUUAAAUUAGCACCAACAUACACUCUUUAUCUUGCUGCGAGAUACAGAGCAAGUACACAUUAUAGACCGGAAUUACAACCAACGGAGCGAGCUCACAGAUUAACAGUAAUGUUAGCAAAUGUUGCUACAAUGAUUCAACAAGUCAUACAACAGAGAUAUAUGGAUGCAUCAUCUCUUGCUCUUUGGCUAGCCAAUGGCUCAGAAUUGCUUCAUAUGUUAAAAAGUGAUCGACACGUUGGUGCUUUUUCAACUCGUGCGCAAGAUAUUUUGGCUGAUGCAGUUCAAACAGCAUUUGCAUCUUUAGUUCGUUGCGUAUCAUUAGAAUUGGCUCCAGCAAUGUCACAAUUUAUGGCAGACGCUGAUGAACCAGCUAAAGAAGCCGGAGUGUUACAAAUAUUUUCGAAUACGAUGACCUUGUUACGUCGCUUCAGGGUUAAUGCAGCUUUGACUAUUCAACUGUUCAGUCAUUUAUUCCAUGCGAUAAACGCUACAGCCUUUAAUACAUUAGUAUCAAAUGGAAAUCUGUGCGUUCGAUGGUUUGGACGUAGACUUAAGGCUCGUUUGAAUGCUUUAGAGACCUGGGCAGAGAGACAAGGUCUUGAGCUUGCAAGUCAAUGUCAUCUUGCAACGAUAAUGCAAGCAACACAUUUACUCCAAGCACCCAAAUAUAAUACUGAAGAGCUUGCAACUUUAAGUUCAACUUGUUUCAAAUUGAACUCUUUACAAGUGCGAGCUCUUCUACAAAAAUACCAACCGGCAGCUGAUGAACCAAGAUUGACCACAGAAUUAAUUGAAAAUGUUGUAAGAGUUAUUGAAAAUGUAGCGGAUACACUUGCCAGAGCUGAUGGAAGGGAGAUAAGAUUAGAAGAGGAACCAACCUUAGCACUAGCGCUCCUGUUGCCUGAAGACGGUUACAGUUGUGAAGUUAUCAGAGGUGUGCCACCAGGUCUUGAAGAAUUUCUUGCUCCACUUCAACUUGAUGGUUUAUGCAGAAUGGCGCCACAGCCUACAAGUAGUGGAUAUUGGACGAUAUACAUGAUUGAUCAUCAUAAUAAUUUCCGCAGUCCAAGUGCCAUGAGCAACCGUUCUGGCGGUUAUUCAGGUCAUAUGGUACAAAGCCAUAGUCAACCGGAAAUUCAAAUUAUCAAGUUGCAUAAAUCGACGAACGGGAUGGGUUUGAGUAUUGUUGCAGCGAAGGGAGCUGGUCAAGAUCGCUUGGGUAUUUACAUCAAAAGUGUUGUAGCAGGUGGAGCUGCCGAUGCUGAUGGUCGAUUAACAGCAGGUGAUCAAUUACUUAAAGUUGAUGGUCAAAGUCUAGUAGGCAUAACUCAAGAAAAAGCGGCAGAGUACCUGGUUCGAACCGGUCCUAUUGUGACACUAGAAGUAGCAAAACAGGGUGCCAUAUAUCACGGUUUAGCUACCCUACUUUCUCAACCAUCGCCUGUUAUGACGAGAGCACAUAAGGCUCGACCAAAAUCUGAACUAUUAGAACAGUCGCGAGUAGGCGACGCAGCACAACCAUCGACGUCUUAUUCGAUGGAUAAUUUAUUAUCGGGAUCAAAGCAAACGGGUUAUCAAGAACGUUUGGUUGAUUGGGACUACAGUGAACGCGUUCAACCAGGUGCGACAAUUUCUCAUCAAGUAACAACUUCUAAACCAUCGUAUUUUCAAUACUAUGAAUCUCCGCGUCAUGUAUAUUAUUCAGGUGUUGGGUCACAUUCUAUGGGUACUGGUUUAUCUCAACCACUAGCUAUGAAUCGUCAAAGUAACUCUUGUCUUCCUAUGUAUCCUAUUGAUGAAUCUCCAAUCGAUGAAGAAUUUUUACGGCCAAAAUCUAGUUGUUGGGCCAAACGUCCGAUUCCUAUUAUUCAGGAACCUAAUCAAAUUUUUCUCACUAUACCUAAUACUACUCAACAAUAUCCACCUUAUCCUCAACUUCCUCCGCCUCCUAUCAUUACAAUUAGUGUCGAUAAUGAUGAUAUACAGUACAGAUAUCAGCCUCAAGAUGAUCAAAGUGUAGUCAAUGAACAGGAAAUCACGAAUAAUCGUCCACAAUCUUUUUGUUGUUGUAACGAAUCUAUUCCUUAUAUUGAUCAAGUUGAUGAUAAAAAUGAAAACAGUACCUAUUUUAAUAAACAUGAAAAGAAAGAUUUAAAUAUAUCAGAAAAUUGUCCUCUAGAAUCGAAAUCAAAUGCAACACAGAAGAAGAAAUUUAUUUCUAAUUAUUGUUGUGCUCAUGUGACUCAUUCUGAGGAAAAUAUUUUAGUUGAUGUACCUAGAGAGUUUAAAGAACUUAGUUGUAUAGAGACGGAAUCAGAUAUUGUUAGUGAUACAAGUUCUGAAAAUAUUCCAAUUAAAAAUGAAGAAGAUUACAGUACAAUACCAACGCCUAAAAUGCAUACAAUAAUGCCAGAGCUUAAUUUGGAUCUUAGUGGAUUAAAUAGUGAUGUAUCUAGUGAAGAAUCAAGCCCAGAAAAGUGCUGGAAAUCACCAGAGGAAAUUCGUUUAGGUUGUGGAAGAGUUGCUGCAUUGGCAAAACAUUUUUCAAAACUCGGUGAAGCUGGAUUAAUUAAAUUUAAAUCUAUAAAAUUAAAUUCAUCUCGUCAAUUUGUUUCUGAACCCGAUAUGACAUCUCCACGGGAAUGGGAUUUGAGAGACACUAGAAAAUCAUCUGUAAAAGAAUUUAAAUCAGAUACGGAUUUAAGUAAAGUUGAUAAAAGUGUAAUAACAACACCAGAAAAAGAAUGGAGCAUGAUUCUUUUAGAUAUUCAAGCAAAAACUGACUCAGAAACACAAAAUUUUGUAUGCUCAGCGUCAGCUGAGAAUAAUGACCAUAUUAUUGAAGUUAAUGUAGAGAAUAAAAAAACACAAAAUAUAUCACUAAAUAAAGUGGAAAAAAGAAAUUCAAAACUUUCAGCAAGUGAACAGCAGAAAAUUAUAGAACAACUAGAAGAAUUUUGCAAUUUAGAUAAUGCAGAUGCUCCACUGUUUAUACCAGAACAACGAGAUGAAGAGAAAAUAGAGAUGUUCUCUAAUUUUAAUGAUGGAACUUUAAUAUUAAAUAACAACACAUAUAGUAAAACAAAAUCUGUUGACACACCACAAACCCACAACAUUGUUUUAAGCAAAAUGAAUAUGCGAAGAUUUCGGCAGCAUUCUUUGCCAAGUUUAUCGAGUCCAUUGAGUAUAUUUCCUGAUGAUGAGGAAAAUGGUAAAAUCAAUAAACUAGCAAAAUAUUGGUCAAUGAAGGAUCUUAUACCAGUUAACGAAGAAAAUAAUACAAAAGAUUUAUCGAAUUGUUUUAUUUUUACAAGUUCUAGAGUAAGUUCAGCACCUGAAAUAUUUCAUGAUAAGUCUUUAAGUAAAGAUAAAUGUAACAUUGAUAAUGUCAUAGUGGAAAAUAAAAUUACUAUUAAUAAUGUUGAUGUUGGGAAAGAGUCUAUUUUAUGUAAGAAAGAUGAUGAAGUAAAAAACAGUGAUUUAAUCAAACAAGAACGAGCAACAAGUCCAAUAGAAAUAAAAAGUCCAAAGAAGAGAAAUAUUAAGUUUCCAAAUUCAUUUAUUCGAACUCGCAAUAUAUCAAACAGCGAUGACAAAUUAAAUAAACAAACAAAAAUAAAUAAUCAGGAAUUAAAAAAGACUGUCUGUAAAUCAUUAGAACAGAUUUCUAGUGUAGAAAAUGACAUUGAUAUCUUCAAGAACAAAGCUAAUGCUUCGCAAAAAUUUAAUCAAAGUACGUCUUCACUGGGGGAUAAAGUAUUAAAUGAAAAAAAACUCUGUAAUAGACAUUUUGAAAAUUAUUUUAGUACCAUUCCAAUAAAAAAUCAUCUAAAAAUAUCAAAACCAUUAAAAAAGAAGUCUUUAGUCUUGAGAAAAAUAUCUAAGAGUGAUCUAGAUGUGUCUAAAAAAAAACCUACACCACGAUUUGAGCGAAAUGAUUGGAUUUUCUGUGACUUUCCACCACUCGAAGUCAACUCAAAAUCUCGACCUCGACGCAUGAGUGAACGUGAUCUUCCAUCACGACUCGGACAUGAACCAGCUUCUCAACAAAUGCAUAGCAGCAAAUCUGUCCCAGCCUUGCAUAACGUAGGAACAGAAGGUAAGCUACAAAAUCAACAACAACAGCAACACGAAGUAUUCAAUCCUGGAUACAGUAGAGCGUCGUCAAGUAACAGCGUUACGCCUCCAGUUCAACCACCACCAAUGCCAGCUAUUAAUGGAGCUACAUCUCUGAGGUCACGGUCAAGUCACAAUCUCCAUGACCCUAUUAGAAUGGGUACUCUGCCACCUAGUGGACUUGUCAAUCGACAACAGUCAUCGCCGAACCUAACUCCGAGUCAAAUGCAUGGGAAUAUAACGAGUAAUCUUCAGAAUAAUGAAGCGGAAAGAUUUUAUCAAAAUUUGAGUGUUUAUAGACAUCAAGAUCCUAUGAUAAAACAACAGCCGAGUCCACCUCAAACUAUGGAUGAUAGAAAUUUAUUACAUGCUCAGAAGAAUUUAAGAGGAUCACAAAGUUCAUUAAAUCGUCCUAUAACUGAUAUGAACCAAGCAAGAGAUCGUCCAAUAUCAGCUUAUAUACCGCAAGGUCAACAAUCGACUUACCCUGCUAAUCAAAUACAACAAGGCCCACCUCCCAGAUCACAGUCAUCUCGAGAUAUAAUUCGUCAAGAAGCGAAGUUACAAGAGAUGCAAGAAGAAGUAAGACGUCGUGAAUUAAGAGGAGGAGCACCGAACCAGUAUAAACCACUAAAUACUUACAACGCAAGACCUAUGACUGCGGCGCAAACAGCAAACACAGUUCGACCUCCUAGACCUGCAGGAUCAACACCAAAUCUUGGUCCAAGCUCUCCUAAUUAUAAUUCAAGAGUUCCACCCAACUAUGGAUAUUCAGAACUACAGUAUAAUCAAUAUGGGCAAUACAACAAACAACAACAAAUUAUUAAUCAAUAUGCAGUUGUUCCAAAGAAAAAUGACCCAGCACGUACAGGUCAGAUUACAGAUGUAGAAAGAGAAUAUGGAGCAGAUCGAUCAAUGAUUGACUAUAGUAGACAGUAUGGCACUCACAAUGGUUCACAAUAUCCCACCAAUCCUGGUGAUAUGAAAAAUGGUCAGGGAAUUAACGAAAGUACAAUUAAUCGAAUACAAAAUAGUAAUGAAAAUAAUAGUGAUAUUUUACCAUCGAGACCUCUACUUCCUGAAGAAGGUUACAGAGAGAGUCCACCACCUCCUCCGCUUAAUACUGCGACACAUCCUUUGUAUAAUAAACAAGCAGACUCUAGAUAUACUGCAAGUAUGCAGGAUCCUCCUAGAGGUAGCUAUUAUCCAGCGUCUGGUGUUACUCAACAAACUCGACAGUAUCAAUUUAAUGCCACAAAUCCUUGGCAAAGGGAAGAACGUGAGAAGGAACAAGCUCGGCGAAGAGAAGCAGCAAAAUUAUGGCGUGAUCAACAAAUUGCUGAGUUAAGUUCUCUUUCACACAGAACACCGCAACAGGAGGAGCAACUUCGAGCACUUCAAUUAGAAAGAGACUUUCAAAAGAGAGCUGAAGAAGCUGCGGCACAACAAGAUGAUGACGAUGAAUGUAAUGAUGUAGAGAAUGAAAGUGUUCAACGUGUUCAAGGAUUACUGAGAAUGGCAGCAAAUCAAGAUAAAACUGUCCUACCUAAUCAACAAAGUACACUAGUAAGAUCUAGUACAAAUAAUCAAUCGAUACGUGGAUCAGUUCUGCCACAAUCGAGCAUACCGAUGACUAAUCAAAACUCUGGUCAGCGAUCGGGAAAUUAUGCGGGACAAAGCGAGAGCUCUAUGCAUUCACAACCAAUGUCAAGUCCAGUGUCUGGACAAUCAUCAAUGUCGCCUUCAUAUAAUCCUCCACCAUUUGGACAAUUGAAGAACUCCCAACCACAAAUUAAUGAGGAUCAGAGAAGGAUCGAAGAAUAUAAACGCAGAGCAGAAUAUGAUGAAAACCGAAAGAGGGAAGAAGAUAUCAGACAACAACAAAUUCAUCAACAACAGAUGAAACAGUUGUAUCAACAACAUCAAACUAAUAUAAAAAAUCAACAACACUUGCAUCCAGGAAUGUUGAGAUUGGAUAAUUUAGUUAUUAACGGUCCAAGUUCACCUUCCUCACAAAAUGACAAUAGUGAUGCACCGCCGCCCCCUGAACGAGGUUCUAGUUAUGCAGUUAUGUCCCAACAAAGUGUAUUACGAUCAAAUAAUUCAACUACAUCAGCGAAUGUCCCCAUUGGAUCAUCUUCAAUCAAACGUGUAUCUUUUCAUGAUCCUAAUGCAAAUAUUGAGCAAAUUCCACGAACUCCUACUACACCAAAUACUACAUCGUCUAUUACUAUGGAUACGAUCAGAGAAGAUCCCAAUAAUUUCAUAAAUGAUGCUGAAACAUUGUUGGCAUCUCCAAAAACACCGGAUGGACCUGGAACUCAAUUUAGUGGAACAACUCCAGGCGUCAUCGGAGCUCAGGAAGUUUACAAAGAUCCAAGACAAAAACGUCUAGCAGAAAAACAAAAGCAACAACAGAAUUCUCAAAUGGGUGAAGUGCCAGAAAAGUUAAGUUUUAAAGAAAAGAUGAAGAUGUUUGCUAUGGAAACUGGAGAAGACGGCACACCGAGAGAUAAAGUAAAAAUAUCAAGGGCGCAAAGAGAAAUAGAUAAUAUUGGAAGUCCUUUAAGUUCAUUAAACAAUAAUAAUAAUAAUAAUAAUAAUAAUAAUAAUAAUAAUAAUAACAAUAACAACAACAAUAAUAAUAAUAAUAGAAGCUAAAUUCUAUCUCCAAUGGUACGAUCUCUUAAAUCGUGAGACUGAAUAACAAAUGACGAGGGAAAUCAAUUUGAAUCUUGACUACAAUUAUGAAACUCAGUAUUUCGAAUUUAUAAUUAUAUUAAAACAACAAUAGUAUGACUAUGAUUAAUUUUUUUCGAAGAAUUUAUACGCAAAGGAGUUUAAAUAAAUGAAUAUAUAAACUGAGCAUGCAUUUGCUACUAAUUAUUGUAAAUAUAAUAAAAUAAAUCUUACACACAGCAAAUGCUUACUUAUAUUCUCUAUUUAUGUGCAUAAGAAGUCUAUUUAAGUAUGUUGAAUUAUCUUUUGAAAUUUUAAAAUUUGAAAAUUGAAAUGAUUAAUAAAUGCAAGCAUAGAAUCUUAACUUUUAAUUUUUUUAAAUAUAAAUACUACCUAAAGAUAAAUUAAUUAAUUAAAAAAUACAAGUACUAUAGAUCAGUGUGAUCAGAAAAUACGGAAAAUCGACUCCGAUUAGAUUAACGUCCAUAUUCAAAUGAGAAGAAAUGAUAGCAAUAUUAGAGAAUAAUUCAAUAAAAAAUAUAUAUAUAUAUAUAGUGUAAUAAUUUAAUUAAUUAUUCUACAAAGCCUAAAAAUGUUAAAUGCAGUUGAAGGCAAUAAUGUUUUCUAUUUGUCUGGCUAAUCAACGACUAUUAAUCACAUUCCGUGUAAUUAAUAUACAGAUUAAAACUAGAAAUUAAUUUAUAAUUUAUGAAUGAUAUAUAAAUUGUCUAUUUUAUAUAUUAACUCUGGUAUCAAAACUAACACUGACUUAUUUCACACGAUUUAAUAUUUUCACUCGAAUCAAAUAUUGACAUUGUAAUUUUUUUUUAGAAUUUCUACAAUAUUCUUAAUAUUAUGUGAUACAAGGUUAGGCUGUAAUUAUUAACAUUUGAAGUGUAGUUUAAUCUACAUCUUCUUUUCUUUAAACAUGAAAAAAUACUUGGCAUUUCCCAGUAUUUAAUGAUGCACCAACAUCGAAGAUCACGAUCAAUAGUUUGAUAAUCUUUAUUUUAGUAUUUAUUUCUACGAUUAUAAAUAUUAUUGUAUUAAUUUUGUUUAUAUUGUAUUUUACAUUUUUAAAAAUGUUUUGUGAAUUUUUUGCUACAAACGAAUUAAAAAUUUUGUUUGAUUCAUAAGAAUUUAUUUGCAAAUUGAUAUUCAAAAGAUUAAAAUUUGUAAUUGAUGGAUUAAGUCAAAAAAAAUUGCUUCCUUGUUUUUCAUAUCUUAAUGUAGUAGAAAAAUUUUAAAAAAGCAAAUAAACAAACGUAGCCUUAUUAAUGGUGUAGAAAAUAUUUGUUAAUGAAGAAAUAGAUGAAUGUCUAUGACUCUAAUCUUAAACUUUACUUCGUAUAGAAUUUUAUAAAAGUUAGCGUAAUCAAAAUUAACUUUCUCCUUGUUGUGUAUAGCAAAUACAUUCGCACUAUAUAUUUUGUAUCACUGUUUUGAUUAUCUUCGAAUAAGUAGUGAAAUACAUAAAUUUAUAUCAAAGUAUGAUAGUAAAAUCAUGUAUCAUUAUUAGUUAAUUAUAUUCAAUAUAACAUGUUAUAUUCUACCUUUGAAAUUUGAUUUUUAGAGAUCA